AUGUAUGAACUUUCGAAGGAAAUUUUCAUGGUGAAUGGUAGUGCUUCGAAUUUUCCGAAUAAUUUAGAUAUUCACUAUGAUGAAUCGAAGAAAUUAACUUAUGCAUGCAUUGUUCAUAAACAACAGGUUUACGAUUGUCCGUUACAGUUCACUCGUGGAAUAACUUCGGUUAACAAUUUGAUACUUGUCGGCACUCAUAUAGGCGAUAUUUUAGUAUUCGAAUACGCAAACGAAAAUUCGAUCAGCUCAAAAAAGGUGAUCCAGGAACACCAUUGUGCUAUUGUUGAUAUAAUUAAACAUGAAUCGGAGGAUGUGAUCUGUUCAUGUGAUGUUGUUGGUAAUAUUGUUAUUUGGACAAAAAGUAUGAAAAAUAUUCAAAGUGCCACUAGCACUGGAUUUGACAUCAAUUGCUUCAAUAUGCUAAAAAAUUAUCUUGUAAUUGGAACAAUGAUUGGAGAGAUAUUGCUAUAUUCUUUAAAUGGGGCGCAGUUGUUAAUUAAAAUUAACGCUCAUUGUAGGCAAAUUAAUGCUAUUAGUACUGCUAGUGACAAUAAUUAUAUCUUAACUGUUGCUGAAGAUAGCAUUGUUCACGUUUGGAGCCUUCUCAUGGAUACAGACCCAAUUCUAACAAAAUCUAUGAAAUUGCAAGAGCGAUUCCUUGGCCCUUGA